CAUUUUCUCCCAGAGCAUCAUACAUAUAGUAGCAUCUAAAGAAACAGCGGUGUUUUAGUUUAGGUGCCGUCGUAUGUAGGCAAUAGCCUAGGGCCGGCUUAUGAAGUAUCCGGAUGACUAUUUUUCCAAUUUUCUCAAACGUUAUAUUACAUUUCAAAUAGGCCUACUCUAUUUGCAAUAACUUCUCUUCCUUUCUGUGCUGGUCAAAAUGCGAUAUGCGAGGGUAUCUGAAGCCAUAUGCUCUAGUCUAGAAUAAGUACCGUUAAGAGUGAGCCGACUUGCGUCGACGCGCGUGCUCCGGGGGAACCAAUCCGCGGGAACCAGUGGAGCCGCACGACGAGCUGUCCUUAAGACCCAGUGCCACAGGGGGCCGUCAAAUCAUAUGCACAACCGCGGAGACUCAUUUGUGAAAGUGGCCAGCGAGGACGUCACUGGGGAAAAUCUCAUUUUACGAGCGGACACCUCGGGGGAGAGUCACCGGCCUCUCUGCGCGCGCUGAGGUGAUAUCUGGACGCGUGCUUGAUCACCGGGGUUCCAAAAGGAUGUUUUAGCGCCGUUUUCAAGGCACCCUACACUUUAAAGCAUCUGUUUUGUUAGACAGCAUUGAGAAAGACUUAUCCAUGGAGGGGUCACACCCCGGCACCAGUUGGCCGAUAUUCUCAGAAAUCAAUGCACUCAGGACUGCAAUCGAAGCAGACCUGAUGGCUGCGGUGCCGACGGACCCGAACCACCUGGUACCUGCGUUCUGGGACUCUCCGUUGAGCCACGGCAUCAACGUGUUCGUAGGGCUCGUCCUGUGCCUCACCAUGCUGGGCCUGGGCUGCACGGUGGACGUGAGUCAGCUCGGGGAGCAGAUCAGGAGACCCAUCGGAGUUCUGCUCGCGCUGGUGUGCCAGUUCGUUAUCAUGCCCUUAGUGGCUUUCCUCUUGGCCCUGGCCUUUUCCCUGGACGACGUGGCGGCCAUGGCCGUGCUGCUCUGUGGCUGCUGCCCGGGGGGCAACCUGUCCAACAUCAUGUCGCUCCUGGUCAACGGAGAGAUGAACCUCAGCAUCAUCAUGACCAUUUCGUCCACAUUGCUCGCCCUGGUGCUCAUGCCGCUGUGUCUGUGGAUCUACAGCCGCGCGUGGAUCAACACGCCCGUGGUCAACCUGAUGCCCUUCGGGGCGAUCAUCCUCACGCUCUUCAGCACUCUGGUCCCUAUCGGCCUAGGGGUCGCGCUGCGCUACCGCUACACGCGGAUAGCCGACAUCGUGUUGAAGCUGUCUUUAUGGUCGCUGCUGGUCACGCUCAUCCUGCUCUUCAUCCUAACGGGCGCCAUGUUGGGCCCUGAGCUGCUUUCCACCAUACCACCCUCCGUGUAUGUGGUGGCGGUGCUCAUGCCCAUGUGCGGCUACGCGGCGGGAUACGGCCUCGCAACGCUGUUCGGUCUGCCACCCAACUGCCGGAGGUCUGUUUCCAUGGAGACGGGAUGCCAGAACGUGCAGCUGUGCACAGCCAUCCUAAAGUUGGCCUUCCCGCCUCACCUUAUGGGGGGCAUGUAUAUGUUCCCGCUACUCUACGCGCUCUUCCAGGCGGCCGAGGCAGGAAUUUUCAUCCUUGGGUAUAAAAUGUACCGGAAGGAGGUUCUACAUAAACCGGACCCCGUGGCGGGAGGCGGCGGUGACGGAACGAACAUAACGUACCAAAGGUUUGAAGACGACGAGGAAGACUGCUUUAACGCCUCGUACGGCACGGUGACGUCGAGUGACCCCAACACUAUCCGGCUGGAGGGGUGCAUUGACGCCACCCCGGUGUGAGGUUCUGGAGACCAAAACCCAACGUCCACCUCCUCAUCCAUCGUGUCCAUAGAGAGGUCAAGGCUAUGCAAGAGAGACCGAUGACGGGCGUGCGCAGUAUACCGAGACUCGCGUGAGAUGUGUGUGUGUGUGUGUGUGUGUUUGUGUGUCAUAACAUAAGCUAUUUAAACGGAAACAUUGCCAAAUAUGUGCAACAUUCAAUGCAAAGAUGUCCAUAAGAAUAUAUAGAAGAGUUUUCUUCUG